AGUUCAUCCCUAAACGAAUCAUGUCGAAAAUUAUUUUAUUCACAAUUCUCUUUUGUGCCAUUGCAUUCGAGGCGAAUUCUUUCGUGCACAAUCGUGUUUCCGAAAACAAUUUUGCAAAUAUUCUUCUUAAAUCGAGUGCCCUAAUUCAGGAUAGUCCUCAACGCAGUAUGGAAUGCUUCUCAAUUUAUAUUCCUAAAAUCAACGAAUUAACAGCAAAAUAUGAGUUUGAAUACGAAAUUUGUUUACAAAAUUCCGCUAGUAAUCGCAGUGCUAUUGACAAAGAAGUCGAGGGUGAUCGUAGAGAUUUAGAAAUUUCUACUAUUAAUGUCUGUGGUGCUUUAGAAAAAUGUUCUCAACAGAACUCUACCUAUGAAUCUUUCGAAUGCUACCACGGCGCGUCGUUCGAAACAAUGAAUACCGCUAAAAAUAUGCAAAAUGUUUCUAAGGAUAAAAUGGAAUAUAUGAAAAUGAGAUUUGAAACUAUUGAAUAUAAUCAAAAUCGGUGCACGGAUGAAUGCUCUCGCGAAUAUGUAGACGAAUCUUCAAAGACUUAUGCUGACUUGGAUAAAUGUUUGGCUGGUAUUCCCGUUGAUCCUAAACCACCACAAAUACCCCAACCUACACAAAACCCCCAAACAACUACUCCUCCUACCGAGCAAUAAUAAAUAUUUAGUUCAUAUUUAAUACUCAUCUGCAAAAACGUAAAAAUGUUUAAUAUCUCAAAGUGUUAUAGAAAUUAUAAAAGAGAAAAAACUACGU